CGUGACGUGUUUUCUUUCCACCAUUCCUCCUCCAACAUGGCGGCCAACAGGAGGAUGAAACGCAUGGCGUCCUCCCAGCCUGGUUUUAUGAAGUUAAAGUCCGUUUCGGGCGGCGAUAGCCUGGGCACCACUCGAAGAAAACGUUUGAACAAGAACAAGAAGAAGAACUGGAAUAAAAACAUCGACAUCAACGAUGUGGACGAGUUUCUGGAAGACAUCCGACACCAGGAAAGAACCACAGGAGGUUUGCUUUCGGAGAAGACGGACGAAAGUUUGUUCUUUUUGGAUGUUGGACCGCCAAAGAAAGCUGAACGGAAAGUGGCACCUGUCGAGGUGAAGAUGAGGAGAGGAAAGCCGGUGCGUCCUCUGAGGAUCGACCUGAUCCUGCAGCACGACUCCCUCGUUCCCGCACCUAAAGAUGUGCUAUCCUACCAGCUACCUAAUGCCAAAAAACUCCGCCGCAUUGCCCAGAAGGCCGAGCAUCUGGCAGCCAAAGGCAUAGUGCCACGGAGGCAGAAAAAGCUGCUGAACCUACGGCCGGCCGGGAAGACAGAAAGCAAGGCAGUGACUGACGCCAACAACAACCCCGAGAGAGACUUCUACGACAUAUGGGCACCAGAGAUAAAAAGUACAGCUGACCCGUGGUACCUUCAACAAACACGCAAAUCGCGUGUCAAGCGUCCAGAGAAGUUGAAUGCCAAGCCGUCUGCGCUUCCUGCUGUGGAGGUGAUCGCUCCUGGAGGAUCUUACAACCCAGACUUCUUCUCCCAUCAGGCCUUGCUGCAGGAAGCCCAUGAUGUGGAAGUGAAGAAACAAAAAGCGGAAGACAAGCUCGUGAGGCAGCUGGCGGUCAACAAAGAUCACCUAGCAACAGAGGAGACGAUCUUCAGAGAGCAGGUGGAAGGCCUGGUAGAACAGGAAGAUGAUCAUGACGAUGAAGAAGCAGGAGCUGAUGAUGAUGGUGUGAUAGUAGGAGCCAUCGCACAGGCCUUGAAGAAGACGGAGAAAGAGAGGAGGAAAGAGAGGGCAGAGAUACUGAAGGAGCAAAGUCGACAGGCCGACAAAGAGAAGACCUUCAGGCAUCAGCAGCUCUUCCAGCUGCGCUCCAUAAAGACCUCCAUCAAACAGGACGAGGCGGGCACCAAAGUCAAACAGAUUCAACGCAAAGCCAACCAGGAGGCCGAGAAAUCUCAACCCAGACGCCUCGGCAAACUCAAGUUUCAGGCUCAGGACCUGGAGGUCCAGCUGAGUGACGAGCUGGCCGGCUCCCUGCGACAACUCAAGCCAGAGGGCAGCGUCCUCAAGGAUCGCUUCAAGAGCAUGCAGAAGAGGAACCUGAUCGAACCCAGAGAAAGAGCCAAGUUCAAGAGGAGACUCAAAGUGAAGUAUCAGGAGAAGAGGGCUUUUAGAGAGAUCACUUAAAUGCCGACCCUCAAACCACAGGAGCUGAACUCAAGAGGCUGGGCAGCGUUUUAAAGCCACAAAGACAUCCUAAUGGAACGGUGUACAUACGACUGAAUCAGGGGCCCGUUUGACCCUUUCAGACAAUUCCAACUGCUAACAAUUUAAUAUGGAAAAUCAAUGAUACGUGAAAAAAAUAUGAAAGUGUUGGAUGUAAGUGUAGUGCAUUUGCUCUACUGGUUUCAUGUUUUAAUAUAUCUUUUCACACAUGUUGUCUCAUUGAGUUAUUUAAAGGAGCUCUGUGACAUGUCUCCAUGCUUUAAUGUUCACAAAGCUCUUUUUCUCAUACUGCCUGUGCUGCAGCACCUCUUUACACCCUCUGUCUGAAACCAGAGCCCAGUCUGCUCUGAUUGGUUAGCUGGCCGGCUCUGCUGUGAUUGGUCAGCAGCUUAGAGAUGGAGUUUAACCAUUGCAGACCAUUUACAUGCACAAAAACGUACAUUGUAGGAAAAGGAAAACGCAAGGUAAUUUUUCUGUCAUCAUCAAACUCCACCUCCUUGUGGCACUUCAAAAAAUGGUGAUGGCCAAACUGUUAGACCCCUUAAACCUAAUCUCUACUCAAGGUAUAUGUUAACAUAAUAGGGGCCACUUUAAUAUGACUAUCAGGUUUUCUAGAACACAGCUCAGACCGUGUGUCACUACUUUGCUCUCAUCUAUCAACAACUUUAUUAAUCCUGCAAGGGGCAAUUGGUUAUGAGCAGCAGCUUAUGUCAUGUACACAGGAAGAAAACACACCCGGGAGCACAGAUGUGGAUCAUUCCAAUUUACACAAUAAAUAGUUCAUUGUAUCACAAUAAUAAAUCAAGUUAAAAGCC